ACAGAAGACUGGAAUAAGAAACCUGACACACUGUGUCAGUUCAGCAUGCUUUAUUGGCAUGUGGUGGUUUUAGCAUUUCUUCAUCACACCUCUGUGCACAGACUUCCAGAAGUUCUUAAUAAAAGACUCUUCAUGACACACCUGACUGCUUUGAUCUUUGAUCUCAGAAGGAACUCAUAGAGGACGUCACUUGAAUUAAAGAUGAGAAGUUUAAAGUUUUAUGGUGUCAACCUGAGAAUGAAGUAGCAACGCCAACUGACAAACACACACACACUGAUGCAACAUUACAGGUUUAAACAUCAAAGUCCGAACUUCAACAUCACAGAUCCACCGUGCAGCAAAGGUCUGUAAUGGACAGAGAUGGAAGUUUGGAGAGGUCGUCAUGGAGGACGAGACACUCUGUUUGACACAAAAAUCAAAGCUCCUCCUCCGACCAACACUGAGGAGGAGACUGGGGAGAAAAAUGGUCAUGUGAUACAAAAUGGAAAGGAAACUAAGGAGGGAAAUAGUGAAGAGUUAGAGGAGAUCAGUAAGCAGUCCGAUCAGUCAGAGUAUUUGGUACGUGAGUGUGAUGGUGGACACGAAGGCCUUCAGACGGCAAAACAAGCCAAACCUGAUCUGGAAGACGAUUCAAAGAUGAUUCUCAGAGAUCUAGUAAGACAGAAGGAAAACCUGGAGCAGGAGCAAAGAGAGAAGGACGCGCUUCAAGAGGAUUUAAAGAUGCUUAAAAGAGAUUCAGCAAAACACAAAGAAGCCCUGAGGCAGGAUCAAAGAGAGAAGGAUGCACUUCAAGAGGAUUUAAAAAAGGUUAAAAGAGAUUCAGCCAAACACAAAGAAGCCCUGAGGCAGGAGCAACAAGCCAAAUCUGCUCUCGAGAAGGAUUUGAAGAUAAUUCAGAGAGAUCUGGCAAGACAGAAAGAAGCUCUGGAGCAGGAGCAGAGAGAGAAGGAUGCACUUCAAGAGGAUCUGAAGACGGUUAAAAGAGAUGUAGAUCGACAGAGAGAAGUCCUGAAGCACGAGCGAAGAGCCAAAUCUGCUCUUGAACAGGACUUGACUAUCACUCACAGAGAUCUGUCCAGACAGACAGAAGACCUGCAGCAGACACGAAGAGACAGAGACGCUCUCGCAGAGGAUCUGAAGAUGACUCACAGAGAUCUGUCCAGAGAGACAGAAGACCUGCAGCAGACACGAAGAGACAGAGACGCUCUCGCAGAGGAUCUGAAGAUGACUCACAGAGAUCUGUCCAGACAGACAGAAGACCUGCAGCAGACACACAAAGACAGAGACGCUCUCGCAGAGGAUCUGAAGAUGACUCACAGAGAUCUGUCCAGACAGACAGAAGACCUGCAGCAGACACGAAGAGACAGAGACGCUCUCGCAGAGGAUCUGAAGAUGAUUCACAGAGAUCUGUCCAGACAGACAGAAGACCUGCAGCAGACACGAAGAGACAGAGACGCUCUCGCAGAGGAUCUGAGGACCAGCAAAACAGACCGAGCAGCACAGACAGAAGCUCUGAAGCAGAAGGAGAAACAAAAGGCUGAGCUUGUAAACGCUUUAAAGAAAGAAGAAACUGAGAAGGUCAGUCUGAAGGCACAGCUGGCUGAUCUUCAGCACUCAGAGAGAGUGCAGCAGCACGGACAUGCAAAGAAAAUGAGCAGAAUGUCAGCUGAUCUUCAGGAUAACAAGGACGUGAUCGGGAAACUGAGAGAAGAGCUGAGGAGGAACUGUGUCACAAUCACAGAGCUGACUGAAGAAAAUGUUGAGAAAGAGAAAGUGAUCCAGGCUUUACACCUUCAGGUUCAGAGUCUUCAGGAGAAGGACACACGUCAACUGGCUCUGCUGACUCAGGAAAACCAGCAUCUGGCUUCUGAGAAGCGGAGGCUGCAGGGAGACCUGCAGGACGCCCUCAGUGAGAGACGGCUCGCUCAGAAACAACACCACGACAACAGAGAGGCUUACAGGAGACUGGAGAAGGAAGUGAAGGACAACGCUUGUCUCAUGAGAGCGUACAAAAAAAUCGAGACGCAAAACAAAGCCUUCGCAGCCGCGGACAGCCUGAGGUACGACAUGUCCACGCUGACGAUGGACAAGGACAAGAGCUGGGCGGAGUUUGAGCAUGUGGAGACCAAAUAUGACCGGAUUACAGCCAAACACUGCUCUGUCUCACAGUAUCACACAGAAGUGACGUCAGAGAAGGACGACAACAUGACGAAGAACCAAGCGACCUUUGCCAAGCUCAUGUUUAUGAUGCAUCAGUCAGAGGCGGAGCCUGAAGGACACGCACACUGUUCUGUGUUACAGGCUUCAACACUCACACACGAGCACUACCACGCUCAGCUCUAUGAGACCAAGGCAGCGAGGGAACAACCUCGACGGGCCGACAUCGUGCACAGAGCUCAGGGACACGUGGGACACGUGGGACACAUGGGACACGUGGGACACAUGGGACACAGUGAGCUCAGGCUCAAAGAGCAGGAAGUGGCUCAGAUGACCAAAGCUCUGAUGAACCUGCAGAGUGAAUACACUCACCUCUGUGCCAAACACAGUCAGAUCAACGCUAACUUCUCUGAGCUGCUCAAAGCUCACAGUGCUCUGCAAACCAAGUAUGAGAAGCUCACAUAUAAAGUCAAAUAUGUGUCAAAGUUAUUUGUUUGGCCAGUUCGACAACCGGACUGAAACUGUGCUCUCACUGUCACACACU